AUGCAACGGCCCCUCCGUCCCGCCGUCGCCGCGGCGCGUCGCCUCGCAACCACCGCCACCUCGCGGAGACGCGCUAUCAUCCACACACCCGCUCUUGCGCCAGUCAGUCAUGUAUUCGCGACGAGGUUCUUUUCCUCCACCGUGGCGGCGCUCGGUGUAGGCGGUCUCCCUUUACCCAUCAAUCUGCCGAAAUGGCUCGCCGAGAACGGACACCUCCUCCAACCGCCGGUUAACAACUACUGUGUCACAAAUGAGCAUAUGACGGUCAUGAUAGUGGGCGGACCCAAUGCUCGCACCGACUACCACAUCAACGGCACGCCCGAGUGGUUCUACCAGUACAAGGGGCGCAUGCUGCUCAAGGUCAUCGAUGAGGAGCACGACUCGCCGACCAAGCCAUUCCGCGACAUCUACAUUGACGAGGGGGAGAUGUUCUUGCUGCCGCCCAACGUGCCGCACAAUCCAGUGCGCUUCGCGAACACAGUUGGAAUCGUACUCGAGCAGCCUAGGCCGGCGGACAGCGUGGACAAGCUGCGAUGGUACUGCCAGGGUUGUGGCGGCCAGGUGCACGAGAAGAGCUUCCACUGCACUAAUUUGGGCACGCAGAUCAAGGAGGCCGUGAACGCCUUCAAGGAGGACGAGCAUGCGAGGACAUGCAAGAAGUGUGGGACGCUGUGCGAUGUUGUGCCAAAGCACGCGUCGUGA